AUGCUUCGCCAAUCCAUCAACAAAGCUAUCCGUCCAGCACAAUUCAGAGCUUUCUCCAUCUCGGCACGAACCAUGGCUGGUGGUGAUACUGGAGCUCCAAGAAGCGGAGGGAUUGCUCAAGGAGACGCAUUCAGCAAACGCGAGAAGGCGAAUGAGGACUACACCAUCCGUAUGCGCGAGAAGGAGAAGUUGCUUGAGCUCCGGAAAAAGGUUGCCGAGCAACAGGAUCACUUGAAGAAGCUCGAAGACCACAUUGACGAACUUUCCAAAUCUUCCGGCGGCGAGCAAAAGUAA